ACAGCCUGUACCAGUGGGUUGGGUCCCCAUCGGAGAAAGAGGCUCACCUUCAGUGUUGGCCAGUUGCUGGAGCUGGAACGGGUAUUUGCAGCUAGGCUCUAUCCCGACAUCAGCGCCCAUGAGCACCUGGCUCAAGUAACUCACCUGCUUGAAGCCAAGAUCCAAGUGUGGUUCCAGAAGCACGGAGCCAAGAGAAUCAGGACCAGAAAGUGAGGAGCCCUGGACCUCAGGCUGGAGUUUUCCCCAAACUCCUGUUCUCUUCCAGACACUCCCCAGCAGCCUUGAGCUGGAACACCAGGCCAGCCUCUACACCCCACCAGCUCAGCCCAGCGCCCACAGAUCUCCUGUGUAGCCCCCAGCUUGAGACUGGGGCAGAGCUGGACAGGGGCUAAAGCUACAGCCCCAUGGGGGCCAAGUGCAGCUUCUGGGCUUCACCUUUCUUUAGAGCAAACUGCUCCUCAGACUUCACUGGGAAGCCUGUCUGACCUUAUCUAUACCUCAGCCAUCAUCACCAAUGAGAUCACUCCUGAUUAAGGUAUAGUGCUUGUAAGACUUUUGGCUUUGGCUUGUAUCCCACUCCAUCUCUCAGGAGGCGGCAAGGAGGGGACCCCUGCCUCUCUCUGCACAGGGAGUGCUCUUUAAAGAGUUUAGCUCAGAAACCCCAUGCCCAGCCUCCACCAGCCUAGCUGAAGAUCCUGUGUAGUGACUGGAGCCUCGCUCCUAUAACCUGGCACCCCCGUCCUUUUGGGGGCAUAUUCUCAUCAGGAGGUAGUUAAGGUAAGGAACCAUGUUUUCCACCCAAGGGCCAGGCUUGGGUUCCCAACUCCUAUUAUCUAAGAGGGCCCUUGAGGACCUCACCUAUGUGCCAGAAGGGAAUGGCUUCUAAACUGGACUGCUGGGAGACCCACCCUUUUGUGGUUUAGGGACCCACUGCCUGACUUCCUGCCACCUAGACAAAUUAAUCAGAAAUGUGGAUUUGAAGAGUGAUAUUAACGUUUCAGAAAUAGAAGCCCGCGUCUUAGGUUGACUGAAUUUCCCCAAAGAUCAGAUUGGCUGCCCUCUGAUAUAAGCUGGGGGACAACCUGACAGAUUUGGGGUGGGGGUGUGGUAGCCUUGGGUUUUGAUAUCAUUGUCAUGCGUAAUACCAACUAAUCUCCAAAUAAAACAAAACUCUUUCAUCUGGA